GAUGAGCGCGACCAGUCUGUAAACAACUGAAACUUUUUCCUCCUGUUUAACAGGCUGCCGAAUCUUAACAGCUGCACCUUCUGGCCCGGCGUCUAUUCUGGUGAAAUGGGAACAAUACACCGGGGCCACCAACUACUUUUUGGACCUUCGGGUGAAAAAUAAUACGAAUAUUGCACCUGUUGUCGUGACUCUGCCAGUCACCCAAACCGAGAAGAUUGUCCAAGGGUUGCGUCCUGGAACUAAUUAUAGUGUGACACUCAAAGUCUUCCAGUUCUACUUUGUGGUGUGUGUGGACAGAAGUGAAGCAUCUACAGUCCCUGAUGCUUCCCAGAUAGUAGCUGGGAGGACACUGUCAAGUCAUUCCAUUUCAAUCACCUGGACCGAGGUUGCCUCCGCGGACCACUACUACCUGCAGGUCGCCUCCCAGGACGGCAGCCAAAUGUUUAACCUGACCGUCACCGAGACGUCGGCGGUGGUGGCGGACUUGACCCCCUCCACCAACUACGACUGCUUCGUCUACACCGUCAACCAUGCAGGCGUGGGCCGCCGGAGCAAAGUGAGGACCGUCACUACGUUGAUGCAGCCUCCAGUGGGCGUCACCGCGACGCAAACUGGCCUGGACACAGCGAGGGUGACGUGGCAGCCAGUGGAGGAUGUCCUCGUGUACCACGUGGAGGUCCAGAACACUGACGAACCAGGCGGUGAAGCAACUGUGUACAACGUUACUGACACCCGCCUUGAUGUGGAUAGCAUCCUGCCAUGUUCCACGUAUACCAUAUCAGUGUCCUCAUUCAACAACUUCCUGGUGCCGAGCGAGCCCACAGUCUACACGUACACCACUAACAAGUUGACUCCGGUGUCAGCAGUAUCAGUGGACUACAGCUGCGCCUCUCAGUCCGUUAUGGUGCACUGGACCAGCGUGUUUGGAGCAGACUCCUACAGGGCCACGGCCAUGGACCAGAAUGGCACGCUGUUGACGUGCACCAGCCAGAGUACCAGCUGUAACAUCGGUGGACUUCGCUGCGACCAGACCUUCAAGGUUCACGUCACACCUAUUUCUGAGAACUGUGAGAACAUGGCCAACUCCACCUGGGCCACCUUUGAGACAGUCCCCUGUGGCCCCAAGAACUUGGAGUUGUCGCACGAUUGUUCCAGCCAAGUCAUCAUCUUUUCCUGGGAACAUACAAACAACACAGAUUACUACACGGCCAGGGCUGUAGACUCCGAGGGUGUGGUUCAAGAGUGUCUCACUGUAGACAACUCAUGCUAUUUCACAAAUACUUUGUGUGGGCGACAAUACUUCUUCACGGUCGACUCCAUCUCUGGGCAUUGCAAAAGUCAGACCAGCUCGACAGUUGGUAUUCGCACAGAACCCUGUAUACCCCAAAAUCUGCAAACAUCUGCCGACUGCAACUCUAACCUUCUGGUCAGCACGUGGGACCUCGCCGAGGGUGCACUACGUUACACGGUGGAUGCUUUUGGCAAUAAGGGAAACAGCCACUACAACUGCAGCACAUUGUCCAAUAGCUGUGCCAUAGAGGGUGUUCACUGUGGAGAGUAUUUGACCAUCUACAUCACAGCUUUUGAUGAUAAAUGUGCCAGUCCAAGGAAACUUGGCCCCGUUGCUGAGACAGUCCCAUGCAAACCCCGUAAUGUGACAGCAGUCAAGGAAUGCGGAGCCGACUCCAUCACCGUCUCCUGGGCAGUGACAGGCAGCACGCUUUUCUACAUCGCCAUGGCAAUGGACAGCGACGGCGUUGUUCACAACUGUAACACAAUGGGCUUAACCUGUACGUUCCUUGGCUUGAAGUGCAGCACAUUUUACACAGUACACGUCAUUGGCUCCAACUUCAUGUGCAACAGCAGCCAGAGUGAGGCGGUCACCAUAGAAACAGCGGCUUGCCCUCCAGAUAACGUCACUGCCUCUUUGGACUGUACUGCAAAUGAGGCUUUGAUUUCAUGGCACGGUCAACCCGAAAUUAACUCGUACACCGCCAGUAUAGUAGAUGAAGUUGAUCGACUUUUGAGCUGCAGUUCCACUACAACCAGUUGCAGGGUAGCAAACCUGAAAUGUGGCCAACUCUACACUGUCACGGUCUGCCACCAUGAUAGCAUCUGCCCCAGCAUGCCCUCUCAACCCAUCUACAUGGAUUCUGUCCCUUGUGGGCCCCAGGUGGAUACCCAUUUAGACUGCCAGUCACAAGGACUCACCAUCGUCUGGAAUGCCUCAAGUCGAGCGGACAGUUACAUGGCCGCCAUCUCAUACAACAACACACAGACAUUCUAUAACACCACUUGGCCCGAGCUGAGCAUCAGCCCACUGGAGUGUGGACAGGACUACUCCCUGGAAGUGAUGUCUGUCACUGACAACUGUGUCAGUCAUCCCUCGGAGUUACCUGUCUGGAAAGCACCGUGCGUGCCCACUAACGUUGUGGCGAUGACCGACUGUGGCCAGAGUUUUGUUGAAGUGUCGUGGCAAGCGAGUCGCGGUGCUAUGCACUACCAGGCAGCUGCAACCCACCAAGAUGGCCAUCGGUUGUUGUGUGCGUCCAACGAGACGAGCUGCAGGCUGGAAGGUCUGAGGUGCAGUCAGGUCUACAGCAUUGCGGUGGCCGCUGGCAGCGACGAGUGCUUCAGCAAUGAGAGCCUUGGAGUGGUGGUGGCGACAGCACCCUGCCCCCCGUCCCAGCUCAAUGUCUCGGUCAACUGUAGCAGCACCUCUGCCAUGUUGAGUUGGAAGAGCAGCCCUAACGCGAUGUCCUACACCGGCAAGGCAGUGAGCACAGACGGACACACGGUGACAUGUGCAGCGACAUCAAACCCGGGGUGCUAUUUGGAGCUUUUGCACUGUGGCAAGGAGUACAGCUUUACUGUGACGGCCACAGAUGGUGACUGCCAGAGUCCUGAGAGCCAGCCAGUCCUCCAUGAAACUGCCCCAUGUACAGUGCAGAAUGUUGUCAACGCCUUGGAUUGCAGGACCAACAUGCUGACCAUCAGUUGGACGCCCGCGUUCAUGCCAGUAAACUACAGUGCCAGCAUCCUGGCUGAAGACGGGGCAGAACUCAAAUGCGUCACAGAGACCUCCGUGUGCACAUUGACGAGCUUACAGUGUGGGCAGCAAUACGAGGUGACAGUAACUGCAGCCAGCGCCACCUGUGAAGGACCCAGCAGUCUUCCAGAGAGGAUUAGUUCUGUUCCAUGCCUUCCUGUCAAUGUCCAAGUUGCCGUGGAGUGUUAUUCUAACACUGUACUUGCAUCAUGGGAUGCAGCAGCUGGUGCAAUGUCAUAUAUCUCCACCCUGACUGCAGUGGGAAGUUACUCUUCUUCUUGUCAUACGUCAGACCAAAGUUGCCAAUUCCCUGGUCUACAGUGUGCUAACACAUACGUGUUAAGUGUGACGGCUCAGAACAACCAGUGUAACAGCUCUGAGAGCACCCAGCUCUCUGUCGAAACUGCACCCUGUGAGCCGGCAAGUGUUUGGGUUUCCACUGAUUGCAUGUCUGGGGUGGCAACAGUGACGUGGGAACGUAGUGCCGGAGCUCAGUAUUACACAGUCCUGGCCCAGGCCUAUGGACACAAUGACUCAUGUACUUCAGCCACGGACUACUGUGAGCUGGGCCGGCUGCGGUGCGGGGAGGACUACACCGUGACGGUAUUUGCAGAGGACGGAGUCUGCACCAGUUCCAUGCAUGCCCAAGCUAAUCUGACAACAGCCCCUUGUCCUCCAGUAGUUCAAGACCACUCACUGGACUGUACCUCCAACCACGCCUUGGUUUCCUGGCUUCAAGAUGCAAAUGUCAGAAACGUGACUGUCAGCGCGACCUCCAGCACGGGGCAUUCUACUUCUUGUGUCUCCACCGCCAACCUCAGCUGCAUCCUGACUCACCUGCGCUGUGGGAACACCUACAGUGCCCACGCGCUCGCACAAGGAACUCAGUGUUCAAGCAAGUCCAGCUCCACCUUUGAGAUCGUGGCAGCUCCCUGUCCUCCUACAAAUGUGGGCCACACAUAUUCCUGUGAGACGGGCACUGCCAUGCUGAGCUGGGAUGAGACUUUGGGCAGGAACAGUUUCUACGCCCAUGUCUAUUCUGCAGAUGACACGCUAUCCUGCUCCUCCAAUCAGACAGACUGCUUUCUUCCCUCACUGAGCUGCGGUAACACGUACAACGCGACUGUGAUGGCCAUUAACGACCAGUGCAACAGCAGCUGGUCUGCUGUGACACAGAUCCUGACAGCACCAUGCGCUCCGAUGGACGUCCAAGCCUCCCUGCUUUGUGAAGGCAACACGGCAGCAGUGAGCUGGCAGCACAGUCCUGGUGCAAAGUGGUACAAUGUGACGGCACAAGGCAUUAACGGUGACGUGGAACACUGCAACUCAAACGACACCAGUUGUCACCUGCCCGGAAUGCUCUGUGACCAGACGUACGCCAUCGUUGUCACUCCAAUAUCUGACCUCUGCCGGGGCUUGGGCAGCGAUCCCUACACAUUCAUUGCAGGACCCUGUCCUCCCACCAAUGUGCAGGUCACCCUGCGGUGUAGCAGUAACCUGGUCCACGUGACCUGGGAUGCUGCUGUGCAGGCAGACGGCUAUGAAGUCACCGCGGUGACCGCCACUAACGGCUAUCACCGCUGCAACUCCAGCGAUGCGUCCUGUUCGCUCGGAGACCUGGGCUGUGGCGAGACAGCCGUCGUCACGGUCGCCACGGUCGGGAAGGGAUGUCGGAGCGAGCCCAGUCUGCCUCAAACUUUUCAAUCAGUCAUCUGCCCGCCAACAUCAGUGGCUGGCGUAACAACCUGCGCUAACAAUGACAUCACAGUAAGCUGGGACCCGAGUCCAGAGGAUGGCGCUACCUAUACGAUCCACACAGAGGAAGACGGUGGCACCGGCGUCACCUAUGCCGCAACUCAAAGGUCCCAUGUGAUCGGCGGCCUCCAGUGUGGACAGUUGUACUUGCUCGCUGUCUCUGCAAUGGACUCAGAGUGCACCAGUAAUCUCAGUCAGACGAUACAAGCACAAACAGCUCCCUGCCCUCCAACAGACCUGGCAGUGAGCGCCGAGUGUGGCACCAACUUGGGAACACUGACCUGGGCCCCGAGUGCUCAUGCUGCCAACUACACAGCCACGGUGACCGGCGCCCACGGUCACGUUGCCACCUGCUCCACCGACUCAACCGCCUGUUCGGUAAAGUUGGACUGUGGAUAUCAGUACACAGCAACGGUUAUCGCUUCCAGUUCAUCCUGUGACAGUCCCACAGGGGCUACCGUGACAUUUGACUCAGCGCCUUGCUUGCCUGACAGUGUUGAGGCAGAGCUCCAUUGCAGCAAUAACUCCUUUGCGGUGCAGUGGAGUGGGAGCGUUGGCCACGUGACCUCCUACACGGCCAUCGCCAUCGGCAGCGAUGACACUCGCGCGACCUGCAACACCUCAAACACCCGCUGCACCAUCCAGAACCUCAAAUGUGGCCUCUUCUACGGCGUCGUUGUCACAACACCUUCAGUCAGCUGUGGAACGAUAAAGGGUUCCGACUACAUGAUGCAGUCAGCACCCUGUGAACCAAACAGUGUGACGGUGAAUCUCCACUGUAGCACAAACACGGCGUUGGUGACCUGGGGGAAUGUCGGUCCGGAUCAGACACAGGUGGUGUCAGCUGUGGACAGCAGAGGACUUACGACCGUCUGUAACUCCAGCAGUUCCAACUGUACCUUUGACCAGCUGCUGUGUGGAGAGAGCUACAUUAUCAGCGUGGUCGGGCACACCAAUUCAUGCAGCAGUGAUGUCGUGUUUGCCCAACAGUUGGACACAGCGCCCUGCAUGCCCACCCACGUGACGGCACUUGUGGACUGCGAUACCGGCAUCGCCGUGGUAACGUGGGAUGGAUCGGGCGGUGCCGCGUCUUACACGGCGUACGCACGGGGCAAUCUGGGCCACAACGCCGAAUGCAACACCACUGACACCAAUUGUGAUUUUCCUUACCUGGCGUGUGGACAAGAUUACACCAUCGCUGUCGUGGCUCGCCAUGACACCUGCGUCAGUGUGGCCAGCGAGCCUGUCCACGCCAGCACAGGUCCUUGUCCUCACAGUGGUCUGGAGACGACACUGGACUGUGACGCCAACACGGUUGUGGUGUCCUGGACACGAGGGAGUGGAAUUCGCUACUACAACGCCUCCGCCGACGCCUUCAACGUCGCACACGCCGAGACUUGUUCCACCAACGGCACCUCCUGUAACAUCAGCUCUCUGCGCUGUGGGGAGAGCUACAAAAUAAGUGUCAUCGGACAAGGACAGGAUUGCCCCAGUCCUUCCCAGGACUGGCACCGCAUGACCACAGCUCCCUGCCCUCCAACCCAGCUACGUGUUGACUCAUCUUGUGAAUCCAACGACAUCUCACUCUCGUGGCAAGCCUCGCAAGGCUCAGUGACCUACACGGCGGUAGCAGAGAAUGCACGGGGUCAGCGAUGGAUGUGCAACACCAGCAGCACUUCCUGUUCCAUACCUGCUCUGCAGUGCGGACAGUCAUACCAGGUUUACGUCUCGGGUGUGGACGACCAGUGUAAUGGAGCCAGGAGUCACAUUGAAGAGAUCCAAUCAGCCCCGUGUGCACCACACGGUAUUCAAAAGGACUUUGACUGUCUGUCUGGUGUCCUCAACGUGACCUGGCAGUCCACGGGUUAUGCUCCGUACUUCCACGCUUCCCUGCUGAGCAGCGAAGGUGACGUCAGCGGGUGCGUGACAGACGGCCAUCACUGCGUGGUGCAGGGCACGCGGUGUGGUCUCACCUACGACGUGACGGUCGUGGCCAAAGAUGGUGCCUGCAACAGUUCCCACAGCCCAGCAGAGCAGGUCACCACAGCUCCAUGUCCUCCGUCAUCCUUCCUUCCCACUGUGGACUGUGACACCGGAACCGUACGGGUAAACUGGACCAACAGCGUUGCAGGGGUCGUGUACGCAGUGUCCGCCGUCGACCUCUCUGGUCGCCAGCAUAACUGCAGCGCGACAGACGGCGGUUGUGAUCUGAGCACGCUGGAUUGUGGGAAAGAGUACAACAUCACCGUCAUCCCAUCAAGGGAUGGAUGUGUGGGGAGACACAGCCCGUCAAGGUGGAUUCAGACAGUCCCCUGCACGCCUCAUCUCUCAGACGUGGAGAUGGACUGUCCUACAAACUCAGCCUGGGUGAUAGGUGAUGAUGCUGCUGGUGCCAAGGACUACGUUGUCUUGGCGACCGACAGCCUUGGUGAUGUGCAAAUGUUCCAGUGCAACUCCACGAGUGACAGCACCUGCACUCUGCCACCGCUGAGGUGCAGCCAGAACUUGACAUUCAGUGUGAAAGCCCGUGACCAUCAGUGCAGCAGUCAGACCAGCAACCUUGUCACAACUUACACAGCGCCUUGUCCCCCUGUGGUUGUAGAUAAGUCCGUCAGUUGUGACAACGGUACUAUCAGCAUCUCCUGGGAGUCUGUUCCCGGUGUUGUAUCCUACACGGCCACGCUGGGGCAGGUGGGCGGACACACCACCCGUUGCGCCACGUCGGACUUGAGCUGCGACCUCAGCGACCUGCCAUGCGGCGAGACGUACGUCCUGCUCGUCACGGCCGAAGGACGAACCUGCAACAGUUCCCAGAGUGCAGGACACGUAGUCAGGACAGUGCCGUGUGUUCCCCAAAAGCUCCAAGCCAGCCUGAGUUGCCACGACAACGCGGCGUCCGUGUCGUGGAACGACAGCAACGGAGCUCAGACGUACCGCGUGAGGGCCACGAGUACGACUGGCGAGACGGACGAGUGUAGCACUCACGACACACAAUGCGACCUGACCGGCCUGAGCUGUGGACGGCUCUACACCGCAUCUGUGACGGCGGAGGACAGCGACUGUCAGAGCCAACCAAGCCAGAGUGUGACAAUCAGGACUGUGCCAUGCAUUCCUGAAAAUAUCUCCUCCGUGGUGGACUGCGACACCAAAUCUCUGAACGUUUACUGGUCUGAGAGCUCAGGGGCCGACUCUUACAUCGCAUCUGCGCUGGACAGCAAUGGUCAGACCACGACAUGCCACGGCACAAAUGGGUCCUGCGGCAUAACGCCAAUAGGCUGUGGUCUGAUAUACCAUGUCUCCGUGGUCUCCUCUGAUGGUUACUGCAGCAGCCAGCCUACUCCAGUCAUCGACACUGCCCCAGUCCCCUGUCCACCGACUCAUAUCACGGCAGCGCUGGACUGCUACACGCAGAGGACCACAGUGGGCUGGUAUCCAAGUGAUGGCGCUGUGUCGUACACCGUCAAGACCACAGUUCCUGGUGACCUCACGGCCUGUGAAACCAACACCACCCACUGUGAUUUAGAAGGGAUGCUUUGUGGACAGAGCUACUCCAUCGCUGUCAUGGCUGUGGGAAGCAUCUGCAGUAGCAUCGCUUACAUGACUGGAACGCUGCUUACUGAGCCGUGCACCCCCAGCCACAUCAGCGCAUAUUACAGCCUAACUAUUGGCCAGGUGUUGUGGGACGCUACCACGGGUGCAGACAAUUACACAGUGGAAGGUGUGACAGAACAGGGUCUGAUGGUCUCGUGUAAUACCAACAACACCCACUGCGCCCUGUUCAACAUGGAGUGCGGUCAGAUAUACAACAUCAGUGUCGCGGUAAACAAUGUUGCGUGCCAAGGCGUGUCCGCCUCCACUGAAGACGUUUUGAUCAAGACAGAGCCUUGUCCGCCUACCAACGUUCAAGCAAGUGUGGACUGCUUGAGUAACGUGGGGGGUGUGUCGUGGGAGGCCAGUUUUGGAGCCAUAGGAUACAAAGCCCACCUCGCCGGACACGAUGGCCACUCUCUGUCCUGCUACACCGAAGACACUUUCUGUAGCAUCGACGAUCUCCACUGUGGAACGGUCUACUACACCACAGUCGUCGCUACUGGAGAAAAACUCAACAGCACCCAGUCUACCACUGUGCAUCUCGACUCAGCCCCCUGUGCAGUCACAAAUGUGGCGACUUCCCUGGAGUGCCACAACAACACAGUCGGGGUGAACUGGAGCUUGGCCAAUGGGGCCGAUUCCUACAUGGUGACUGCAGUUUCAGCUGAUGGCCACCAGGCUGUGUGUGAGAGUCCGGCGCGACAGUGCGAUUUGACCGACCUGCUGUGUGGUCGGACGUACAAUAUCAGCAUCACAUCCAUUAGUGACCACUGCCAUAAUGAAACAGUCAGCAGUGUCACGUUCAACACACGUCCUUGUGAGCCCUCGUAUGUUGGCGUGGACCUGCAGUGUGGGACCAGCACAGCCAAUGUGCACUGGGAGGGCAGCCACGACGUGGGGCUUUACAUGGCAAUGGCUACCUCCAGCGUGGGAAGGUCUCACCAGUGCAACUCUACCAAUUCCAGCUGCAAGUUCUCAGACUUGGACUGUGGCGAAACAUACACGUUCUACGUCACCGCCGUCAGUAACAUGUGCCGCAGUGAAAACAGCAGCAUUGUUUACAUUCGGACAGAGCCGUGCAAGCCAACAGACCUGAGAGCUGAGGGUUCGUGUGACAACGACACAUUUGCGGUGCAUUGGUCGGCAGCCAAAGGGGCGACCGGCUAUGUGGUGACGGUAACGGGAGACCUGGGAUAUGUUACGACUUUCCAAACCAACGAGACAAUGACAGAGGGAGCCCUUCCUUGUGGCCAACUGUUCACUUUCACAGUAAAAGCGCAGGAUGACCGUUGUGAUAGUUCCGUGAGCCAGCCUGCUGUGCUCAAGACAGGCCCUUGCGUGCCCCAACAUGUGCAGAGCUACACACACUGUGAAGACAAUGUAGGCUCGGUUAGCUGGGCUGGCACGGACGGCGCCGACUACUACUUGGCAAUCGCAGUCGGACAGGACGGCCACACCCACAUGUGCAUGACAGUCAACACCAGCUGCACUUGGGACGACCUGCACUGCGGCGAGCGGUACACGGUCCACGUCAUCGCAGAUGGCGACACGUGCGGCAGCAUGCCGAGCAACAGCACUACAAUACAAAUGGCGAGCUGCAUACCCCAGAAUGUGACAUCCACAGUCAACUGCACAACAAAGGUGGCAUCACUGACAUGGAAUCCAGUGGAAACAGCAGAUUACUACAUCGUAACAGCCGGGGCAAACAGCAGCCAUGAAGUGCAGCUUAGCACCAACGACACCUGGACCUUCUUCCACCACUUCCUCUGCGGUCAGGUUGACUUCCUGACCGUGCAGGCGGUUGACUCAGUAUGCACCAGCCGCCACAGCGAACCAUCAGUACUUAAGUCAGAGCCGUGUCCACCUACCGCUGUCUCCAGUGCCAUGAACUGCGAGGCAGAGAUUGCCGUCAUAUCGUGGAGCGGCUCUGCCGCUGCUGAAUUCUACACCGCCACAAUAACACGGGAAGACGGUCAGACUCACAGCUGCUGGUCUGAGAGUGUGCAGUGUGGCGUGCCAGACAUCCCGUGUGGAGAGAAUUACACGGUCACUGUCGUCGCCUCCAAUGAGAAUUGUCACUCGGAGUCCAGCGAGGAGAGCAUAUUACAGUCAGCACCGUGUGUACCCAAUGACGUGGACGUGAUGCUGGACUGUACCAGCAACGAGGCUGUCGUCACCUGGAACGCCACCAAGGGGACCUUGUCCUACAAAGUGACCGCUCAGAGCUCACUGGGGACUCAGUCCACCUGCGAGAGCGCCGAGCCAACCUGCACCUUGACCAACUUGACCUGCGGGCAGUUUUACUUAGUCCAAGUGGUGGCAGAGGGUGAGGUCUGCAGCAGUUUGCCCAGCCCCGCCGCACGGUUCAAAUCAGUUCCCUGCACACCAGAUAUUGGCUCAGUGGUUCUAGACUGCUUCACCGGAGCUGCCUUACUGGACUGGGGCUUCGCUGAGGGGGCAUUGAACUACUCGGCCACAGCCACGUCCUCCAAUGGUCAUGUUUCUACCUGCAGCUCCAAUCAUAGCGACUGUGAGCUGCUGAACCUCCAGUGUGGUCAAACAUACACUGUUGUCACUGUUGCAUCGGACCAGGGAUGCAGCAGCCCGCCUAGCAACAGUUUGCUGCUUGAAUCAGUGCCCUGCGUGCCACAGGUGGUAUCAGCGGCGGUGGCGUGCAAUGAUAACACAGGCAUUGUGUCUUGGGAAGACGGCGAGGGUGUGUCCUCCUACACGGUGCAGGCGUUUGGACCAAAUGGUCACAAGAUGGAGUGCAACAACACGGCACCGAGCUGCCAGCUGCCCAGCAUGCACUGCGGUCAGCUUUACAACCUGACUGUGACGGCUCAGGACGGACGCUGCGAUAACAGUCGCGCUUACUUCAACCUGCAGUCAGCGCCUUGCAGGCCCACCAAUGUUAGCGCUUCCGUGCAAUGCCACUCAAACGCUGCGGCGGUGGCGUGGGAGCGCGCCGGCGGCGCCGUCUCCUACCUCGCCGUCGCCGUCGCGUCAGACGGAAGCCACCGGACGGAGUGCAACGACACCACCACUUAUUGCGACAUGAGCCCACUGCUGUGCGGACACACCUACAAUGUGAGCGUAUUCGGUCAAGAUGAGUCCUGUUCCGCCGUGGAAAGCGACAUGACGUUCGUGCAAACAGCUCCUUGUCCACCUCUGGACGUGGCUGUGGAAUCAUUAUGUGAGGAGAUGGCCAUAUCUGUGUCCUGGUCGGCCAACCCUGACGCUCAAUACUUCCACGCGAUGGCGGUGAGUCAAACUGGGCAAGACUCCACUGCAACUCCAGCAGCACAGUUUGCACUUUUGACCAUCUGUCCUGUGGAGAGAACUACAACGUGACUGUGGCCUCUGUAAGAAAUGGCUGCGAGAGCGAGCCCAGCGCUGUUGUCCCAACUUCUUCAGCUCCUUGCGUGCCCACCAAUAUCAACACACACCUGGACUGUGUGACCAACUCCGCCUGGGUGAUGUGGAAUGCUGCUGAAGGAGCUCUCAGCUACUUUGUGCAGGCCGAGGGCGUCGGAGGUCACAACUCCAAC